AUGGCCCUCUGGAAUACACUGGGUGAUCUCCUGGAAGGCUCUGGUUGGACAACAGCACUAACAGAAGCAGAUGUGGCAUCAAGUGGCAUGGCAGCAUCAUUUCUCAAAGCAGCGCAUCUAACUCGAACCAGGCAUGCCCACCAGGUCACUGUCUUGACACUGCACAAUCUACAGCAGGAGGCUUUCAGGCUUAGUGCAGGCCCCAAAGAUGAAGAGUCUCUCCUGGCUUGGAGAAACGACAUGCUGAAGAAGAGUCCUACUUUUAUGGUCUGGGAUCUGAUACUGAAAUAUGAAACCCUCAUCCUCAUCUUCAUCAGGGCACACAGAGAGAGGAAUUUCCUACUGUAUAUAGAAGUGCUUGAAGCACUGGUCCCUCUAUUCUUUGCCUUGGACCAUUCUCUCCUGAAUUUACCUCAUCGGGAUGGAGGUUCACGGAAAUUUCGCUUUCUUUACUUGACAAACUCGACUUCCUUCCGGCUGACAGAAUGCCCUAAUACAAGUCCAUCUAUUCCUCUGUUUUUAGGAGCAGAUCUCUUCUCAAAUACAGACAUUCGCACAGAGAAUCAUCCCAGAUACCACGCCAAGUUUGCCAAGAAAGGACUGGCCACAAAAUUAAAAUUUUCCACAGAAUUUAGGUUCCAUGGGUUGAAAGUACCUACUGUCAGCAACAGCCUCUGGUUCUACAGUGUUCAAGGACUUUUUCGAGUAGCCUUUGAAAUGUACAACAGACAAGAGCAACUUGCUGUGCUGGAGAACUUCCAGGAUGUAUGGAAAAGCCAAAUGAAUGACAGCCCUCUGAAAAUGAAUUACAACCUCAACAUGCAGCUUGAUUCUUCAACGUCCAAGAGCAUCACUGAGGCGAAUGACAAAGACCUUAGGAAUAAACUGGUUUCACACACAUACUCUUGCCCAGAUGUUCAGGAGUUUGUGAUUCCAUGUCAGACUGACCCAGGUUUCUCUGGCAAUACCUCUGUAGAUCAUGAUUACUGUUCUUUUUCUGAAGAGAGUAUGCAAACAGAGGCCAUUCAAAUAGUUUCUUCCACCCUGAGACAAAAACUGCAUGCCUUGGAGAAAAAACUCUCUUCUGUGAGCCAAAGUGGCAUAAGCCAGUUGGAGACCACCUUGCUGCUUCUGGAGAACAUUGACCAGUAUAUGAAUGGGACACUCGAGGAAAGGGAUGUCACAGGAAUUGUAUUAGCACUUCUGGAGGCCAAGAGUUGGGGCUCUGUGUAUUCAAGUCAUCUGCUGAACUCUGUAGGACGUUGGCUCGGCCAGCAGUUCCAUGAAGCCAACAGCAGUAUCAGUCAGCAGGUGGAGCGUUUUAAGGUUCAGCAUAUUGAGCACAUAACUGACCUACCGCCUGCAGAGGAAUUAGUCAGAGAGCUCUUCCCAGAAGCCAUGCAAAUGCUGCUGCUGCACUGGAUGGGCCUAAGUGAGGAGUCCACCUUGGAGAAAAGACACAGCGAGUACCCGAUCCUGCUUCUUAUCCUUGAGUUUGCAAACCACAACCUUAUCACCGGUGUGGCUCAUGUGCUGUACUCAAGUCUGUUAUGCAGAUAG